CAACGAAGAAUGUUUAGAUGGAGGCGAAGGUCAUGAUGGUCAAGAAGGAAAAUCAAAAUUACGCAUAUUAGCCGAAAUUCUGGCUGCUGGCUAUCAGUUAGAAGAAACCCUCCUCUCGAAAGUAGCUGAAGUCGAUGCUAAAUAUGGUCUUAGCGCAAUUUUCAAGGAAUAUUUUACCUUUUUCCAAGCAAAUCUUGUGGCAAUUGAUGACAAAUAUAAGGUAACCGAUACUGUACGCGAGUUAGAUAGUAAGUAUGCCGUUCAAGAUAAGGUCAAGAAAACCGUAUCUCAGGCUCAAGACAAAGCGCACUGUGUUCUUGAUUCAAACACCGGUAAACUUGCUCUUGACAUUUAUGAAAAAGUGACGAAACAAGUCGGUGACCUUCAUUGUAAGGCAAAGCAAAUCGCAAAUGAGAAAAAAGCAGCUCUACAA